AUGGGUGACGCGGCUAAUGGUGUCGCCGCCGAGGCGGAGCGCUUUGCCAUUGGUAUCUCCUUUGGCAACUCCUGUAGUUCAAUUGCCCGUAUCUCGCCGGAUGGCAAAGCUGAGGUGAUUGCCAACGAGGAGGGUGACCGUCAAAUCCCUACCGUUCUUUCGUACAUCGAGGGCGAGGAGUACCAUGGUACCCAGGCCAAGGCUCAGCUCAUCCGCAACUCCGGUAAUACCGUCGCAUACUUCCGGGACUACCUGGGCAAGGACUUCAAGUCGAUCGACCCAACUCCCUGCCACGCUUCCGCACACCCCCAGCAAAGUGACUCGACUGUUGCAUUUUCCAUUCGCGAUAGCCCCAGCGAAACACCCAACUCUGUCAGCGUUUCUGAGAUCACCACCCGCCACCUGCGCCGCCUGAAGCAGUCUGCUACCGACUUCCUUGGAAAGGAUGUCAACGCCGCCGUCAUCACUGUUCCCACCAACUUCUCCGAUGCCCAGCGCGAGGCUCUUGUCGCCUCCGCCAAGGCCGCGGGUCUUGACGUUCUCCAGCUUAUCGCUGAGCCUGUUGCCGCCGUCAUGGCCUACGACGCUCGUCCUGAGGCUACUGCCACAGACAAGCUGACUGUGGUGGCCGAUCUGGGGGGCACUCGCUCCGACGUGGCUGUCAUUGCCUGCCGUGGUGGUAUGUACACCAUCCUGGCUACUGCCCACGACUAUGAGCUUGGUGGUGCCUCCCUGGACCAGAUCAUCAUUGAUCACUUCGCCAAGGAGUUCAUGAAGAAGCACCAGGUCGAUCCCCGCGAGGAUAAGCGUGGUCUGGCCAAGCUGAAGCUAGAGGGUGAGGCUACUCGCAAGGCCCUCAGCCUGAGCACCAACGCUCAGCUCAGCAUUGAAUCCCUUGCCAACGGUAUUGAUUUCGGCUCUACCGUCAACCGUACCCGUUUUGAACUGCUCUCCGGGAAGGUCUUUUCCCAGUUCACUGGUCUAAUCGAGCAGGUCGUUAAGAAGGCCGGCCUCGAUGUUCUUGACAUUGACGAGGUCAUCUUCUCCGGUGGUACCUCUCACACUCCCAAGAUUGCCCAGCUGGCCCGCAACAUCUUCCCCGAGAAGACUGCAAUUCUGGCCCCCUCGACCCUCACCUCGGCCAUCAACCCCUCUGAGCUGUCCGCUCGUGGUGCCGCUUUCCAGGCCUCCCUGGUUCAGGAGUUCGAGCACGAGGACAUUGAGCAGUCCAUCCACCCCAUGGUCACUGUGACCCCUCACCUCAGCAAGGCCAUCGGUAUCGAGUUCACUUCUAGCACCGACACCACUUUCCAGCCUCUCCUCAACACCGAGACUGCCCUGCCUGCUCGCCGCAUUGCUCAGUACACUGCCCCUAAAGAGGGCGGUGACGUCCUGGUCCGUGUGUGUGAGGGUGCCCGUGAUAUCAAGGUCACCAAGCCCGAGCCUAAGCCCAAGGAGGAAAAGCCUGCUGAUGACGAGGACUCGGAAUUCUCCGAUGAGGAUGACGAGGAGGAGGAGAUUCGCGAGAUCGUUUGGAAGACGGAAAAGCCCGUUGCCGAGCUCGCCGUCAAGGGCGUUAAGGCCGGCGGCAAGGUCGAGGUCAUGGUCCACGUCAACCCCGACCUGGGUCUGCAGAUCGCCGUCCGCGAGGUUGGAGGCUCCACUGCUGUGCGUGGUGCUAUCAACGGCUCCGCGUAA